AUCAGGUACAAUGCUCCCUAUCGAAAAUCCAUUCAAGAAUGGAUCGGUAAAUUAACAGUAACUUUAGAUAUUAUUGAAAAAUGGUUAAUGGUUCAAAAUCUGUGGAUUUAUUUAGAAGCUGUUUUUGUCGGAGGAGACAUUGCAAAACAAUUACCUGCUGAAGCAAAAAGAUUCCAAGAUAUAGAUAAAACAUGGGUAAGAAUAAUGCAGAAGGCACAUGACGAAAUGAACAUAGUAAAUACGUGCGUUGGUGAUGAUUUACUUGACCAUAUGUUGCCUCAUCUAUUUGAACAACUUGAAUUGUGUCAAAAAAGUUUAACAGGAUAUCUUGAAUGCAAACGCGCCAUAUUUCCAAGGUUUUUUUUCGUGUCAGAUCCAGCACUACUUGAAAUCCUUGGUCAAGCUAGUGACUGUCAUACAAUUCAGCCUCAUUUGUUAAGUAUUUCAGAAAAUAUCUAUGAAGUAGAAUUCAAUAGCAAAGAUUACGAUCAUAUAUUGUCCUGCAUCUCUAGAGAAGGAGAAAAAAUUGUUCUUGAAAGUGUGUUAAGAGCUACUGGAACAGUUGAAGUGUGGUUAGGAGAAUUGUUAUCAUUGCAACAGAAGUCGCUCCACAGUAUUAUCAGGUUGACUUCGACACAAAUAUCUGAAGAAGAUUUCCUCAUAUUACCUUUCAUUUAUGAAUCAAUUGCACAAGUAAUUUUUUUAUAA